AUGACGGGCACCCCUGGCGCCGCUGCCACCCGGAACGGCGAGGCCCCCGAGCGCUCCCCGCCCUGCAGUCCGAGCUACGAUCUUAUGGGCAAGGUGAUGCUUCUGGGAGACUCAGGCGUCGGCAAAACCUGUUUCCUGAUCCAAUUCAAAGAUGGGGUCUUCCUGUCCGGGACCUUCAUAGCCACUGUCGGCAUAGACUUCAGGAACAAGGUGGUGACCGUGGAUGGUAUGAGGGUGAAGCUGCAGAUCUGGGACACCGCAGGGCAGGAGCGGUUCCGCAGUGUCACCCACGCUUAUUACCGAGAUGCCCAGGCCUUGCUCCUGCUGUAUGACAUCACCAACAAAUCUUCCUUCGACAACAUCCGGGCUUGGCUCGCUGAGAUUCACGAGUACGCCCAAGGGGAUGUGGUGAUCAUGCUCCUAGGCAACAAGGCGGAUGUGAGCAGUGAAAGGAUGAUCCGUUCAGAGGAUGGAGAGAUGCUGGCCAGGGAGUUUGGAGUUCCCUUCAUGGAGACCAGCGCCAAGACGGGCAUGAACGUGGAGUUAGCCUUUCUGGCCAUUGCCAAGGAGCUGAAAUACAGAGCCGGGCGGCAGGCUAAUGAACCCAGCUUCCAGAUCCGAGACUAUGUGGAAUCCCAGAAGAAGCGGCCCAGCUGCUGCUCUUUCUUGUGA